AUGACAGGCAUGUGGUUGUGCGACCACGGUAAUAUAUUAAUGUUUCGUUUCCUUCAGAUGUGUGCAUGGGCUUUAGUACCCCAGAGUCCGAUCCUCUGGGUGAAACUAACCGACGCUCGCAAGGCGUGUGAUUGUACGACCGCGGUAAUAUUAAUGUUUGAAGACCUCAAGUGCAAGACGCUCGACGCUCUGAUUACCGGCAUCAUCGUCGUCAACCGAGCCUCUCCUGGGAGAGCGUCGACCUUGCCGUGGUCCAGGGGCUCUAGUGAGUGGUUUUAUUUCAGCUACGAAGCUCAAGACGAUCGACGCCCUGACCGUCAACACUCGGGCACGACGACGAGUCCGGUCGACGACUCCAUUCAAGCACGACGUCAACAACCGGCGGCGGUCUCUGGGGUAUUUUGGGCUGGGCUUCUGGGGCAUCUUGGGCCGAGUCUGGCUGCUCUAUUCGCGACAUCGAAAUCGACCUCACGACCGAGCUCAAGUACGACAUCGACAUCGCUCACGACCGAGCUCAAGUACGACAUCGACAUCGACCUCACGAGCGAGAUCAAGCACGACUUCGACACCGAGCUCCAACGAGCUUCAAGACCGGUCCCCUGGGAGAGCACGCUCGCAAGGCGUGUGAUUGUACGGCCGAUGUCCGACACGAAACUGACAGACGCUACGCGAAACGUAUCUAAAUAUAUGUGUGUGGGCUCUAGUACCUCAGAGUCCGAUCCUCUGAGGGAAGCCAACAAACGCCUACUAACAGUUCUUUUUCUACAGCUUAGGCGACAUCUGCUUCUCUCCCUUACACUCUCACUUUUCUCUGUUCUCUCCGCUUCGUAUAAUAUCUCCUCUACAGCGACACCCUUGGGCCGUCUCGACAUUUUUCCCUCUGUCCUUGUCUCAAGUCUUCAGCUUGAGCCCCUCCACUGGUAUGGCGUCGUCCUUCUCGUGGUGUUAAUCGAUGCGGCGCGCGUAUCUUCUGACGGACCUUCUGCAGUCUUCUUCCAGAUGUGUGAGCGUGUGUCUGGUAAGCUCAAGAUGAUCGACGCUCUGAUCACAACAGUCGAGUACGACGACGAUUCCGAUCGACGACCUCAAUCAAGCACGACAUCAACACCCGACGGCGGUCACCUCUGGGGCGUCUUGACCCGAUGGGUCUCUGGGUAUGCUGGGUUUCUGGGUCUGCUGGUUCUCGUCGUCUCUUGUUCUGCUGGCUCUCGCGACACCACCGACGACACCGACACCGACACCAACACUGACAACGCAUCAAACACGACAUCGACACCGGGCUUCAAGAGCUUCAAGACCGGCCCCCUGGUACGGCGUUGA